AUGCGUCUUACUGUUGUUACCGUGCUUCUUGCCAGCACGGCAGCCAUUGCUGCGUUAUCUUACAUUCGUGAGAGGAAGCCUGAAAAGACAAUUUUUGUUCAAGAAGCCGGAAGCCUCAACAUCUCCCAUCUUCAAGUCAACAACUUCAUCGUUUCUAACAUACUCAACCCCUCCAACACGCCAACCACAUCCUACCAUGUCCCCAUCCAUCGAGCUUACCACUACUCCUCGCCCACUCCUUCUGUCACAUCAAAAUCCACACCGAAAGCCCAUGUCAUCCUCAUUGUAACCUCCCUCUACCUCGGCACCUUCCUCGUAGCCCUCGACACCAUAAUCCUCAACCCCAUCCUGCUGACCAUAAUCAAAACCUUCCACGUCCUCGACCAUCUCGCAUGGUAUGGAAGUGCGUAUCUUCUCGCGCUCACAGCGCUGCAGCCCACAUUGGGGAAACUGUAUAAAGUGGGGGAUGUCAAGAUGCUGUAUCUUGUCUCUGUGGGGGUGUUCGAAGGUACGUCGGGUGCUUUCUUGGUCUAA